GAGCGAGGCGCACGGAUGCGCAAGCGUCAGGAACCAUGUUCGUGCUUGUUGCAGCAGUGACGAUGGUGGUGCCGGCCUUGGCUUUGCUGCCACCCCGUCUGCUGUCCACCACAGUCGACGAACUUGUUAAGGCAGCUUCCAAUACCUGUGAGUCGCUCCCACUGGACGCGCUAGCAUCUGGACAGGUUAUCCCUGAACUAAAGUUCUACGAAUUUACGCAAGCAGGGAAGAGGAAGUACUUAAUGUCGAAAGCACACACCAGGGGCUUUAGUCCUUCUUCGCAGCUAGUAAUAUACAUCCCAGGCUGGUGGAACACCCCCACAGAUGAAUCCUCCGAUGCACUCGUCAAAGCGUUACUAAUCAAGAACCCAACAAUCCUUAUAAUCGAUACAAGAUCAUCCUUCAGAAGAGGAUACGUGUCCUCCGCUCUUCAAGUUGAUGGUAUAGCUCGUCGAUUGUUCAUCUUCAUUCAAAACCUUCAUUUUCAGGGCUAUCCGAUAUCCAAAAUACAUUUAAUAGGAUUUAGUUUAGGUGCCCAUGUAGCUGGCAUUACAGGGAGACUAGUUCAACUGAAAUUACAUAAAAGUCUAGAGAGGAUUACUGCUUUAGACCCGGCAAGACCGUGUUUCAUGACACCCUCCAAAUACAGGCUAAGGAAGGAAGAUGCGAGUUUCGUUUACGUUCUCCAUACAAGCUCUGGCGUCGUUGGUCUAGAGGAACCUAUUGGUCAUGUGGAUGUCUAUGUUAACGGCAUCACCUCAAACCAACCCGAGUGCAAGGAACGUGCAAUCACGCUAGAAUGCGAUCACGCGAUGUCGUGGAAACUUUAUGCUGCGUCAGUCAAGAACGAUAGCUUACUCAUCGGAAGUGAAUGUGUAACGUGGAACGAGCUGAAAAAUAGGCAAUGUAGUGGUGACAGAACUAAUGUAGGCUAUGGAUGCUCAUCACAAGCAAGAGGCCUCUAUCUUUAUACAACUCAGGAAGAAAACAGGAGGCUCAAGGUUUUUAAUCCUUUAGAUAUAAGAACUUGGUUUCAUAGAUAACAUAACUUACUAAGUUUUUAUAGAUAACAUAACUUACUAAGUUAAUUAUGUAUCAGUAAGUGAUCGUUAAUUUUAAAUUUAUGUAUGUAGGUAUGAAAAGUGGCACUCAUAACGGAUUUGAGAUCUUCAUUGCAGAAAACACACCUACAUGCCCAUUAGUUUACAGUAUAGCCUGAUUAGUUUCUAGUUUAUAUGAAUAAAACAAACGUGCCUCUCGCCAUUUCUAAUAAGCAAUGACUGUAAUGAGUUCAUACUUUUACAAAUAAUUUACCACUAUCGCUUCCAAACACGUACUACAAGAAACGGUAUUAUUAUAUCAAUGAAUUGUUCAAUUAAUUUUGACCGUAUUACAUUUGUAUGGAUAGUUUUAAUGAAUUCUAAAGAUCUAUAUUCAAUAAUUGCUGUAGGUCAUAUGAAACUGAAUAAAUCUAUUAUAAUACAUUUAAUAAAGUUGUGGCUGUGAUAAUAAUUA